AUGCUCCCCGAACCGACCUUGACCCUGACGCUGCCCAGCAUCCACGACGGCCUCACCCUCGACUGUCGCGUCUACCACCCUGUGUCGCUGUUGGCGAACCCUCGCGCUCCGCAGUGGCAGCGCCAUGCCGCCGUCGUAGCGCAUCCCUAUGCCCCCAUGGGAGGAUCCUACGAUGAUCCCGUGGUGGAUAUAGUUGCUGCUCAGCUCCUGCGUAAGGGAUAUCUAGUCGGCACUUUCAACUUUCGAGGCGCCAGUGGUUCAGCGGGCAAGACGAGCUGGACUUCGAAACCAGAACGUGACGACUAUGCUACCUUUGUAGCAUUUAUCCUACACUAUGUUCACUUUCUCGAUCCUUUUCGACCUCAAUCCUCGGAUAGUCUUGGCCCAAAGAGUCCAGCACCCAUCGACGUCAACGCAAUGACAACUCGACAACGUCCUAUCCUCCUCAUGGGCGGCUACUCAUACGGAGCAAUGAUAACAAGCCAAUUACCUCCCCUCGACGCCCUCCUCCAACCCUUCGUGUCUCCCAUAGCAGGCUCCGACGCCGCAGAAGUCCGCCUCCGAGCAGCACACCUAGCUGAGCAACAAAACAUUGUCCUGGCAAGCGCCCGCGCUGCGAUGAAAGAGCACGGCUCCAUAAGAGGGAAGAGCAAGCGCGGCGUUAGGAUCGGCGGCGACGAGGGUGGAAGUCCAAGACGGAGCCAUGAAGGUGGGAGGAGGAGCUUCUCGCUGGACGAGGAGAGGUUUCGGCGUGGUGUUCACGAUUUUAUUGCAAAGGCUAAGUCAGGGAGACAUGGGCAGAGGUUGUUUCACAGUCCGACGGAUAGCCAGAGUAGUGCUGUUGCUCCUCCACCGGGGGAGCAUCUGCCUACCAUCACGGACCUCACCAUGCCGAAGCCAGCGUAUUUCAUGAUUUCCCCGCUUCAAGGUCUGGUUACACACCUGGCUACAAUGUCCUUGGUACCAACGGCGCUCGUCAAGAACCGGGAUCCUCACGAUGUGGCGGCCGAGGAGAAGCUUAUCUGGAAUCCCACACUGGCCGUCUACGGAGACACAGAUGUGUUUGUGGCAGCACACAGAUUACGAGCCUGGACAGCGAAGUUAGGUGACAGACCUGGGUCAGGAUUUCGAGGACGUGAGAUUACAACGGCAGGACACUUUUGGGUUGAGGAGGGUGUUUUGGAUACCAUGAAGGAUGCUGUUGGGAGGUUUGCUGAGGAGUUGCUUGGGUCGGCGUCUGGGGCGUGA